GUUGUUACUAGAAAGUGGUAACUAAAUUCUGCUGAGAAAUUUGUGGAUGGCAGAAAGGAUUUCGAAAUAUGUCUGUGGAUGGCUGUCAAGUUUAUUUUGAGGAAUUUGCAAAAUAAGAAAGGCAUUAGAGUUUGGCCAGAGACCGAAAUUGGCUCCAAAUUGAUAAUGCAAUGCUCAACUUAAGAUAUUGAUUCAAGACCAAAAACUAGUGUGGAGCUGUGUGGUGGAGAGCUAGAGAAAAUUUGUAGAAGAAACUGAACUUAAGCUUGAUCAUGAUUAAUAAUUUGGUUACUAACCUCUUAAUUAGUAUAUUUCAGUACGGCGCCGCCAACUGUCCUUAGGCUGCGUGCUUUCUCAGCUGACCCUUCAAGAACAAUCCUAACAGUUGGACAUAUGAAUCCUUGUCAUGUGUGCAAAAGAAAAAAGUAUUAGGAGUGUCAUUUGCUUGGAUUAUUAGAGGAAGACUUAGACGUUGCUACCUUUUUACCUGUUUAUUAGUGGAAGACCCUGACUAACUUGCCAUCUCUUCCACUAAACACAUCAUUGUUGUCGGUUCUAAUGAUAAAAUCACUUGCGUACCGUAUUUCAAGGGAAAUGCAAUGGGUUAAAACACCAGUCUGUGAAAUUAAAAUAAGGACUCUACUUUGAAUGAAUUAAAUCAAACAACUUCUUUUCAAACAAACUCUUUUUUCCUGAAAUUAAUAUUCUUCUUGUAAUUCCGAAUAGUUCACAAAACAAGAAGAAAAUUAGGAGAUCAGC